GUCAGUUCGUGAGAAACGCCAUUUUGUAAUUUUAGUCUCGAAAAACAAGAUGCCCUGGGAAGGUCGGAAAUACUUUCGUCUGCAGACUGAUCUAGAAUCUACGAGCUCAACAAAAACAGUCUUACAAAAUGAAUGAACGGGAUGGAGAUCGAAAUCAUAACAGACGAGACUAUCGCAGGAGAGAUUCAGACAGGAGAGGGAGGAGGGAGAGAAGCCGAUCCCCCUUCGACAGAGAUGACGAGGUACAGGAGUAUGGAGAGAGGUUGAUGGAUCAGAACUCUGGAGGUUACUACCAGGGCUGGGGUCAGGGCUACGACUCGGCCGGCUACAACAGCUACAGCCAGCUCUCACAGCAGGACGGGUACGGCGACGGAGGUGGAUCGUCCGGGCGGCACAGUCGCCGCUGCGACACCAGCGAGGAGGUUCCCAACAGCACGAUAAUGAUGCGAGCGCUGCCUCCGCACGUCACCGAGCAGCAGAUUCGGGAGGACCUUGCUGGGCUUGGCUUUGUCAUGAAGGACGUGAGACUGAUGAAGAAGCGAGGUCUGUCAAGAGGUAUUGCAUUCGUCGAGUUCACCAGCCUGCAAGACGCCAUGCAGUGGAUGGAAACAUCACAGGGGCGUCACAUGUUCAUGGGCCAGAACAUGUGCUACCUUCACUACAGCAACGUGAAGCCUGAACCAGGCAAGGAACCGAAGACUGACUGGGACUGUAGCAGGGUGACAUUGUUGUUCCGGGGACUGGAUGCUCUCACGACAGAGGAUAAGAUUGUCACAGCAUUGGAGCAGGUCACCUCUCUUACUCUCCAACGCAUUCACAUUGCCAAGGACACGCUGACAAACACGUCGCGAGGUUUCUGCUACGUACAGAUGGCGUCGGCGCAGGAUGCGGACGAGCUGCUGCAGCGACUGUCUGACCAGCAACCCGUGUUCGAGAUCGACUCACGACAGGUGCUCAUCUCAUACGCGCGCCGAUCCCUCGCCAACAUCGACUUCUCCAAGAACGGACGUCCGCGCUCGCGAUCCAAGAACGAGCUCGCUCACCAGGUGGGUGGCAGCGCGCCCAUAGGUGGCAGCACGCGCACACAGGCGGGCGGGGCCGGUGGCUGGGAUGCAAUGGAGUUCAGCGGUGACUACACACAGCAGGGCUACUACGAUGAAGCUGCUGCUGCUGCUGCCUACGACGACACUGCUUUCUACCAGCAGUACGGCUACGAAGCAGCAGUGCCGCCUCCUGGUGGCGAGCCAGUGAUGCAGGCCACGCCUCUUCCUGGCUCACACACCUUCACCCAGGCGGACACGACAAACGCGGCGGCUGCUGUCGCUCAGACUGCCAUCCAGCAAGCGCAGGCCGCCAAACAUUACCAGGAGCAGCAAGCAAAGCUGCAGAAACAGGUGCUGGAGCAGAUGCAGAAACAGCAGAAGCUCGCAGACAUGAAGCCAGAGGAGAGGCUGGCCCACCAGGCAGCUGAGUGGAAGAAACGUCAGCAUGAUGACCAGGUAAAGCAGUCACAGGAUCCUAAGAAGAUGCAGGAGCACGUGAGGCAGGAUGCUCUACGCUUGCAGCAUGAGAAGCAGCAGCAACAGCAGCAGCAGCAGCAACAACAACAACAACAGCAACAGCUCCAGCAGCAGCAACAACAACAGCAACAACAGCAACAGCAGCAGCAGCAGGAGAAGAAGUCACAGGAAGGCGACAACUAUCCCGUUCCGGACGUUUCCACAUAUCAGUACGACGAGACGUCUGGAUACUAUUACGAUCCACAGACCACUCUCUACUACGACGCAAACACUGGGUACUACUACAAUGCACAGACACAACUCUUCCUAUACUGGGACGGUGAGAACCACACAUACGUUCCCGCACCGAGCAACGACCAGGAGGCAGGUGCCACCGACGCUGACAGCAGCGAGACGAAGAAGGACAAGGAGAAGGAGAAGAAGGAGAGAGUGAAGACGGCUAAGAGGAUUGUGAAGGACAUGGAGAAGUGGGCAAAGACACUGAACCAACGCAAGGACAACUUCCGUGCUGGGUUCGUACCUGUGGGACCGCAGCAGUUAUCACAGCACAUGUCGGAAGGAGAGAAGACGAGUGGUGAGCGGAUGCCGGAUUCGCUCUCUCCUCACAAGAAGAACGAACACAUGAUACAAAGUUUUGCAAAAUACAGAGACAGAGCCAAAGAAAGGAGAACAAAGUUCGGGCCUUCGGAGCCACCCAUCAAUAAGAAGAAGGAUGCCUUUCUUCGUUCUAUGAAUAAUGCGGCUUCGGCGCCGGCGUAUGAGCAGCCGACUAAGGAGGGCAUCGGUGGUGACAACAUAGGUAGCCAGCUGCUGCAGAAGAUGGGCUGGCAGGCAGGCCAAGGUCUAGGCAAGAAGAAUCACGGCAUUGUCAAACCAGUCGAGGCGCAGCAGCGGCACGUGUCAGCCGGACUCGGGGCGCGCGGCAGCACCUACGGCGUUACCGCCGGCGACACCUACAAGGACACCGUGCGAAAGAUGAUGCAGGCGCGCUUCAACGACAACGCAUAGUGGCGCCCUCAUCAAAUGCGUGCUGCGGCGUCGUUAGCGAUUGUAUAUGUUUCUCACGCAGUGUAGAGUUCACUGCGGGACACUUGCGCAUUCUUGUAACAGUCGUCGUUGUCUUUUGGGAUCCACCUCUGCUGUAAAGUGUGUGCUGGAUUUCUUUAUGCUAGUUCUUAGUCAGUAAUUGUGUAUUGAACGUUGUGAUGUUUUUCGCGCAGGCCUGUUAGCGAGGAGGGUAAGGGUGGCCUUCCGUCGUUGUACGUCGUCUUCAACCGAAUAUUAUCAUGAUCAGUGAGGUUUGAAUUGUAUCUUUAGUUGGUGGGAGGAUUUUCCUUGCUUGGGUUAAAGCUUCGUGGCUACCAACACGGGUGGUUAUCGAUAUAUUAUAGUAUCUGUGAGGGGCGGACGUGGGAAACAACGAAUACUUCUCACGAUCAUUACAAUAAAUCGUGAUUGCAGUCAGUGAUUGUAAACUUUUCUCGAAUUCCAAAAUUCUGUAAAUAAUCGUCUGUAAAUAUAUUCUUUCACACUUCUACGUCGUCGCACGCAGCGGGGGACAGUGUGGUAGAAGGAGGAGGAGGAGGAGGAGGAGAAUGUGUCGGAUAUCCGGCUUGCUACUGCUUAUUUGCUUACUGAUGCACAUGUCUUGUGCAGCGAGCGUGUGUGCAUUACAAGGGUGACGACGAAUGCAGCGUGCUUGGUGUUGCAUCGAGCGUGAAGUUGCUCUCCCCUACAGCUUGCUACAUAUACAGUGACACGUCAAUGUUUAGAUCAUUUCAUCUUUUCUCACAUCGGUGAUGUAUUGGAUGUGGCCGUGGGCCGAGAGGGUGGCCAUGACAGAGACGCUGGGUGAGAACGAACUGUGUGAUCGAUCAAGUUAUGGGACGAGAAUAAAGUCGUUUUGUAAAUUAACGAUA